AUGAAUUACGGAAAUUUUUGUGGAAACUACGACUUUGCAACAGCACAAACAUUGCAAGAAAAAUGUAUUAUAUUUUCAGGUCUUUGUAGUUGUUGGUGCAAUCAAUUUGCACAGAGACCUGCUCGAGCAAAUGUUAUUGCUUUGCCUGGUAAAAGAUUAGAGGAAAAUUCAAAAAAUGUCAAAAGCAACUUGAAUUCAACGGCUGAAAAACCAUUAAAAGAUCUUAAAAAUGUUAUCUGUGAAGCUGAUGAGUCAUCAGAGAAGUCGGAAAAUGAAAUAGAUGAAUGUGAUAAUUAUGAAGAAUCUGAUACAAGUGAAGACGAUCAAUCUUGUGGGGAUGUCAAAACAAAAUGUCCUAAAAUCGAUGAAGAACAAACGUUUGAUGACUUUAGAAUGAAAUAUUGGAUUCUAGAAUGCCCCAAAAAUUUCGAUCCUCAACAAUUAAUUUGUUGUGAACUUAAAAAGCAAGACAAUAAAGGAAUAAAAUUUGAAUGCAUGAGUGAAACAUUUAACAAGAGCGUAACAUUUGCUGUUGUGCAACCAACGAAAGUCGCUGAAUAUCAAUUAUUAUGUGACGGGUUUAAAUUUCUUGUUCCUGUUGGAAAAAUUGUUGUGAGUGAAACUAAUGGCAACCAACAAGCAAUGAAAGAAAAAAGUCAGAAAAAGAUUUUGGAUACUGAAAUUUCAUCUUGCCUUCAAAAACAAUCAAACAUUUAUGACGAUGCAAAUUCAAAUAAAAUAACAUCAAAAGCGAAUAUGAAUGAUAAAAAAUGUGAAAAGAGGGCUUCGAAGUUACAAAAUUCUCUUGAAGUUCAAGGGAAAGAUUACAUCGAGAAAGAUUUAAAUUGUUAUUCUGAUAUGAAGAAAGCAUUGAAUUCUGAAAACAAGAAAGAUUUAAGAAGGAAAGCAGAACCUAGAAAAAUUAUGGUCGUGAAGGAAAAGCGUUGUCCAGCUGAACUUAACAACUGCUUCUCAACAGAAAUGGAACUCACAGAGAAUCUUUGUAAGCCGAAAACUUUAAAAUGCUUGCCAUUUUUACCACCAGCUCCUACUCCAAUAAAGAAGAAGAAAACAGACGCAAGAAGGCAACGGAAAUAA